CUGGGGAAAACGAAAGCAGCAGUUUGGUUGCUCCAGAGCUGUGGCAGGGGCUACUUAGCGGGGUGGGGCGAACGCUUAACAUCUGAUUCCUGGAGCUGGAUUUCUGUAAGGGGCUGGAGGGAGAGGGAGGCAGGUGGCAGGCUAAAUCGUGGCUUGCGUUCCUGCUAAAGUUGCCCGCGCCUGUGGGGCAGAGGGACGUUGCUCGUUUUGCAGCACAGGCAGUACUUUGGCAACUGUCGUCUUCUGAAUCGGCCCACUGGUUCGUUUAGCUCAGAAUUGUCUGCAGUGGCUGGUAGUGGCUCUUCACGGUCGAAACUUUCAUAUAAGCUUUUCCCAGCCCAACCUGGGGUCUUCUGCAGGCAAAUUUCAGAUUUUCACCAUGGAUAAGCUGGCUAAUGCAAACACACAUUUUGCCCUUGAUCUCUUCCAAAAGUUCAGUGAGUCCAACCCAACAGGCAACAUCUUCUUUUCGCCACUUAGUGUAUCUGCUGCGCUUGCCAUGGUGGUCUUAGGGGCCAGGGGAAACACAGCAGCACAACUCUCAAAGACAUUUCACUUUGAUGUUGUCGAAGACCUUCAUUCAAGAUUUCAGGCACUGAAUGCUGACAUUAACAAGAGCGGUGCACCCUAUAUACUGAAGCUUGCUAAUAGGUUGUAUGGAGAAAAGACCUAUACCUUUUUGCAAGAGUUUUUGGCUAGCACUCAGAAGCUGUAUGGAGCGGAGUUAAGCACUGUGGAUUUUCAAAAUGCUUCAGACAAUGCACGAAACCAAAUUAACCAGUGGGUUGAGAAUCAGACUGAAGGUAAAAUCCGUGACUUGUUAUCUGAAGGCUCACUUAAUGAACUGACCAAACUUGUGCUGGUGAAUGCCAUCUACUUUAAAGGCAGCUGGGCAGAGAAAUUUCAAGAGGAGGACACUGAAGAGCUGCCUUUUAGACUCAAUAAGAAGGAAAAGAAGACUGUGAAGAUGAUGUUCCUGAAAAAGAAACUUCCUCUCGGUUAUAUCCCUGAGUGCAAGUGCCAUGUGCUGGAACUUCCUUACAAGGGAAAAGAACUUAGCAUGCUAAUCCUGCUGCCUGAUGACAUUGAGGAUAACUCUACAGGUCUCGAACAGCUGGAGAAGCAACUCACUUUAGAAAAGCUCCAAGAGUGGACACAGCCAGGAAAGAUGUAUUCCAACUCUGAAAUUUAUGUGCAUCUCCCUAAAUUUAAGCUGGAAGAGAGCUAUGAUCUUAAAUCUGAUCUAGCAGCACUGGGAUUGCUGGAUGUCUUCGACAGUGGCAAGGCCGAUUUGUCUGGAAUGUCAGGAACCCAGGACCUCCAUGUUUCCAAAAUUGUUCACAAGUCAUUUAUAGAAGUGAAUGAAGAGGGAACAGAAGCAGCAGCAGCGACUGCUGCUAUGGUAAUGCUGUAUAGUUUGUCUAUGGGAGAGGAUUUCAAUGCUGACCACCCCUUCCUAUUUUUUAUCCGUCAUAACCCAACAAAAAGUAUACUUUUCCUUGGCAGAUUUGCUUCUCCAUGAAAAGUAAAAUACAUUUAUGAACCAGAUCCCCUUAGAGCUGCUCCUGUCAUGCUCGUUGUUGUGUCUUUGCUAGUUUGAGAGGGAAAAAAGCAAGACUGGUUCCUGGGACAGCAAGUUUUUCAUAUGUUUAUCACUGAAACCCUGAUUUAAUUCCAAUGUGGAUUGUCUUGUGUUCCUUUGCUGACUCUUAGCUAGUUCUUGUUACACUCUGGCAUUCACAGUAGUGAAAACAGCUUUUCUUGUAGAACUGCUCAGUUUAUAUCUGAUUUAAUAAAGGUUGGACAUUUUCAAACAAGGGACAAAACA